UCCCAGCCUUGCGGGGCCGGCAGCCUCAUUGCAAGUUUUGAUGAUGGCGCUCUUUCGUAAUUCGCUGUCUGUUUACACGCGGUGGCUGCAAGUAUCUGUUAUCGAAGCAAAUCCAGCAAUUAUCCUGCAGCAAAUCCGUUAGCGCACACCGCAAGCACAGUAACAUGGCUAAACGCGAGCUUGCUGUCAGCUUUGACAUUGUUAGAGAAAAGAACCUUGAGCAACUUAAGCUGCUAAACAGCGUUAUCUUCCCGAUGAAGUAUGCGGAUGAGGUGUACCGGCAAUGCAUGGCGUGCGGCGACCUGACUCAGCUAGCAUACCACAACGACGUCCUGGUGGGGGCCAUCACGGUGCGCUGCGAGCGCCAGCCCAAUGGCAAGGCGAAGGCCUACAUCGCCACGCUAGGCGUGCUGGCGCCGUAUCGCAACUUCGCUAUCGGCGCCAAGCUGCUGCAGCGCUCGCUGGCUGCGGCGCAGCAGGACCCCAACAUCGAGGAGGCGUUUGUGCAUGUGCAGGUCGACAACGAGGACGCCAUCCGCUUCUACCAGCGGCACGGCUUUGAGAAGGGCGAGGUGGUCAAGGACUAUUACAAGAAGCUGUCGCCGCCGGACGCAGUGGUCAUGAGCAAGAAGCUGGCAGCAUAGAACAGGCUGGGACCUAGGCGCUGAUGAGCAGGGGUGCAGGCCCGUAAAUAAGCGGAGGAGACUGUGGGAGGACGUGUUUGGGUGGAAGUAUGGGCGUGCGAUGUGGUAGAAGGGUGAGUGGCCUGGGGUCUGAAGCUGGGAGCUUGUGUGGCGAGCUCAUGGGCACACAGAGGUGCGGGAGCCGCACGAGUCAAGGUGCGGAGAGCAGUGCCGCAGGGGCGGCGGCUUCCAGGAGUGGCGAGAGGUGACAGCAGUCUUGGGACUUGGUAGGACUUGGGGAAGUGCGCCCGGCCAUCCCAAGGGCCUUGCAGGGCAAAUUAUAUGCUUGAGGUGCGCGGCGGCUUUGUUGCAAAGCACUGCCAGUGUCGAGCACGCACCUGACACCUACGCGCACACGUGCUAGAGCACGCUGUAAAUGCGCUAUGCAGACGCUGGGCUGCGGGACAGGAGGGCAGGCCGCAGGCGGUGGCCGGACAGGCCUUUGCUUCGCAUGCGCUGCGAAACGGUAGCUGCGGCCAUGUUACGGCAUUGGACACCGGACUUAGGCCUAAGCAGGUUGUUUGGUGAUGGGACGGCACUCACGGAAGCAUUUUUGGUGCGGCCUGCUCGGACAGUGUGAUGGCAUGGCACCGCUGUGUGUGAAAGCUGCGAAGAGUGUGACUGCGCUAAUGUUUAGGUGCAUGUAACGGAGUGAAGGC